AUGGCCUUCUUCGACGGCGAGGCGUCCCCCUUCGAGGUCUCAGUGCAUGCGCCGAGGGACCCUCCCAAGAGGUCCUUCGGGGCUUCCCAGGAUGUGCCCAACGCCUUCCAUAUCCUGUCCACCCACGUGAGCGACCUGGAGGCCGCCAGGGACGCAGCCGCAGCCGCAGCCGCAGCCUCCUCACUCGACGACCUCAGCGCCUCUGCCUCCCUCGACGUCGCGGUCGACCACCUGAACGACACGCUCUACCUCGUCAGCACAGAGAACUUCAACGACUCGACCUCGCUGGGCGGCAGGAUGGCCAAGGACCUGCCGCAGGAAAUGAUCUUUAACGAGUCCCACGUCAUCACCAUCAGUGCCUACUCCUGCCUGAUGGUGCUCUCGGCGUUGGGCAACAUCUCCGUGCUCACGUCCAUCGCGGGGCACCGGAGUCGCAGCUCGACCUCGCGCGUCACGCUGAUGAUCCUUCACCUGACGAUCGCAGAUCUGCUGGUGACCUUCCUGGUCAUGCCGCUCGAGAUCGGCUGGGCGUGGACCGUCGCCUGGACGGCCGGCGACCUGGCCUGCCGCGUCCUCGCCUUCUUCAGGACCUUCGGGGUGUUCCUCAGCGGGUUCCUCCUGGUGGUGAUCAGUGUCGACCGCUACCACGCUGUCCUGCGCCCGCUCUCGGUCACGGAGGCCAAGCGGAGGGUCAGACUCAUGCUAUGGGCGGCGUGGAUUGGCUCGGGGGUCUGCUCUGUGCCACAGACGAUGAUCUUCCACGUGGAGCAGCACCCCGAGUACCCGUGGUUCGAGCAGUGCGUCACCUUCAACAGCUUCCCGAGCCCGACGGUGGAGCUCAUGUACAACGUGGCUGGGUUCCUCGCCAUGUACGCCAUCCCCCUGUGCACCAUCGUCUUCUGCUACGGAUCCAUAGUCAUCGUGCUCUACAGGAAGGACGUGUUCUCCCGGGACGCGAGCGACGAACGCCACGCCCCCUCGCUCGGAAGGACCAAGACCCGGACGCUGCACAUGACCCUCAUCAUUGUCACUGUCUUCUUCCUGUGCUGGACACCAUACAACAUCAUGAGCCUAUGGUACUUCAUCGACCGGUCGAGCGCCCAGCUGGUGGACCCGCGCGUGCAGGCGGCCCUGUUCAUCUUCGCCGUGGCCAACUCUACCGUAAACCCCCUCGUCUACGGGUACUUUAACGUGCGCCGCGGCUCCCGCAACCAGCCCUCGCGCCAGGAAUGGAGGAUGAAGAGGAUCGUGUAUAAACCACCGUACGUGUGCUAUGUUUGA